CAUAAUAUGUACAUAACUUAAUAACCGCCCAAUUCAAUUUGAUGGAAAUGUAUUACACAGGUGAAAUCUUAAAAAUGAACUGAUUGUUUUUUUAAGUGUAGUCACUGUAACACCUUGAAUGACCCACUCAGAGAUGAAUCCUUUCUAACAAAAUUUCUUUUAAAAUGCAGGGCAAGACUGAUUAAUUACUUUUAUUGUACUGUAGUGCUGCAUGCUAUAUGUGAACCAGCUGACCUAAAUUCCUUGUUCUGCUGUCUUAGGAGAGACUCUCUUUCCACAGCUGUUGUUCAUAUGGUAAAAGCUGCUUCGGGGAAAAAUAAAUUAUCCCCACCCACCAACACAGGAAACACUCCCUCUCAAAUAGACACUCAGCUAACAGCUACAUUCUUCUGCUUUCGACACUGCUGCUACUAAAUGAAAAGUCUUCAAAAAGUCCAGGGCUUAAAAAGCUUUUCACAUUUCACAGAACGGCGAGUCUCCCCACAUGGUCGAGGUUUUGAAUAAGCUCUCAACAAAUGUUGUCAACACGUGGAGCAAUUGAUGGAGAGAUUACAUAUGCUGGGUUAUGGAGUAAAGUAGAUUGUCUUGACCUCAAGUACAAGCAAGGAUUCACCAUUUUGUGUAGAGUGUGAGAAAAAUGACUCAAAAUAAAAAGGGAAAAUGUUUCAGGUCAAUGCUUCUGAUAAACCGACACACUUGCACAGAGAUGACAAAGAUGGAACUCAGGCAAGCCCAUCCUUGAAAAACCAUUGACGGAAGUAAAUCAGGAUUGCAUUAUUGGAUUUGAUAAAAAGAGGGUUGGAGAGAAUUAUUAAUUCACUAGAAUGUUUAUGAAUUGCAGAAGGGUCAGAAAAUUGACUUUUCUACAGCUUGUCUCAAUGUGCUGUAUCUUGUCAGUGCUCGUGGUUUGUUGGGACAACGUGGAUCACCAUGUUGUGAGUCAUGUGAAGUCAUACUCCUACCGCUAUCUGAUCAACAGCUAUGACUUCAUAAAAAAAAGCCUCAGUGUCAGCCCAGAGGAAGCUGCAAGGUUUGGUAGUUUCCCGUAUCUGUUCAAUAACAAAAACAUCUGUAAAGACCAGGAUGUGUUGCUGCUUCUCUUUGUGAAAUCUUCUCCAGGAAAUUUUAAAAGAAGACAAGAUAUUCGCUCCACUUGGGGUAAUGAGUCCUACAUAAGUAAUGAGCUGGGUGUUGUCGUGAAGGUAGUGUUUGCAAUGGGCCUCCCCCCAGACAUGCCCUCUCAGAGUAUCCUACAGAAUGCAUUGUACAAAGAACACAUGAACCACGGUGACCUGGUUCAGCAGAAAUUUCUUGACACCUUUCAUAACCUCACUUUGAAACUUCUACUUCAGUUUCGCUGGACGCAUGAGAACUGCGCCCAUGCCCGGUUCCUUAUGUCUGCUGACGACGACGUAUUCAUCCAUGCUCCCAAUUUGGUGCAUUACCUUCAGGAUCUCAGUAGACAGAAUGUGCGUGACCUCUGGAUUGGCCACAUGCACAGGGGAGCACCUCCCAUUCGACGUAUGAACAGUAAGUACUACAUGUCCUUUGAGAUGUACCAGUGGAACUCCUAUCCAGAUUACACUGCUGGGGCUGGGUAUGUCGUGUCGGGAGAUGUGGCAGCCAAAAUCUAUCAGGCCUCCCAGUCUCUUAAUGCCUCGAUGUACAUUGAUGAUGUCUUCAUGGGUAUCUGUGCCAUUUCAGCCGGCGUCUCGCCCCAGGAACAUGUUUACUUUUCGGGUGAGGGGAAAACACCCUAUCACCCAUGUAUCUAUGAAAAAAUGAUCACCUCUCAUGGACAUGAGGAUGAUGUCAGAUAUCUGUGGAAGGUUGCAACCGCCCCAGAGGUAGAAGGUAUAUCCUCUGGAUUAUUAGGGAAGCUGUAUUGCACAGCUGUGAAAAUUAUGCUUCUUUGUAAGCCACACUUUUCAAACACCUAUUCAUGCCUGGCAGCUUUUACAUAAUUGUCUGGGAUUCCAAGCAGUAUUUCAUCAUUUUUGUUUACGUUUGUUUUCAAUGUUAAAUAAGGUGUUAUUUUUUCGGUAAAUAUACAAAAAUAUGCACAUACAUUUUUUUUAAUGUUUUAUUAUGGGGGGGUAGGAUCAUAUUAUGUGCCACAAUCGAAACCAAGUUCAGCCCAAUGUGUUUAUGCAAUAUGUGCUAAUUCCUGUGCCAUGAUUCUGUCGACAAACUGAGACAAAGGUGAGAUGGGUGAAUCUCACAAAAUUUUUCAAGAACCUCUCCCAGAAUUAUAUUUUGCAUCAAUGAAAUGAAGCAUAUUUUCCUGACCAUUAAGGUUUUUUUUAUUAUAAUUUUUUUACCCCAAUUCCUUUUACCUUAUUGCAAAAAAUAUAUAAAAUCUAAUUCUCAUUACUAAAAUGCAAAAUAAAUAAAUAUAUUAUUCAAACUGUGAAAUAUUUAUACAUAAUGAUAGCAUUUACUGCACUGCUUUUCAUUUAAGCUCAUUUCAAUAA